AGAUCCUCAUCUGCUUCUUGCCGAACAGUUUGGUCAGCACGCUGGAGAUCGUGAGGCCCAUGAUGCCGAACGCUUUUGCACACUUUGGUCAAGGUGGACACCGAAAAAUCGCCUCUCUGCCACGUCUUGCGGAUCACGCAGCCGUCGCAGUCACUUUAUUUACGCAGGGAAACACGAUUUUGGACAACUUCAGCAGCUGACCGCUGACGCAGCACCAACGACGCCGCGCCCAGCUCGCGAACUAUUGAUAAGGCAACAUCACAGUUUUGGGCCUAUACGAAAGCCAGGCUGCGCGCGCAUUAACUGACAUCAUCUGCAAUUUGUCCGAUCACGAGGUGGCCAAUAACUGAUAACCGGCCGAUUGCGAAAUAUUUUUUGUUGACUGGAAUCUCCGGAGUUCUGAAAUUCAAGGUUGAAGAGGCAAUUUUCUCAACAAGCGAAAUCUCAGUGGCCAAUAUGUCGGUCGAUAAGCUGCGGCAGCAAUUUCGAGGGCAACUCUACAAAUACACAAACGUGGUGAAAGGAUGGCAAUAUCGGUGGUUUAUCCUAGACCCGGAGAGAGGAAUUUUGGAUUAUUUCACGGACCCACAACAGCAGCCCAACCGAAAACAGAGGCCUCGAGGUUCAGUUCACCUCGCCUCGGCGGUGAUUUGUCCAAGUGACGAAGACUCCAGCACCUUCACCUUGAAUUCAGCGUCUGGAGAGAUUUUUAAAUUGCAGGCCAUUGAUGCUAGAGAAAGGCAGGAAUGGGUCAAUCGACUGCGGGCCGUGGCCGAAAUGCACACUUUAGCCAUUGCCCAGGUAAGCAAUCCUCCGCUUCCGCCUCGAGAGCACCACUCACUUGGAGCACCGCCACAAGCACCACUGGUGCACUGCUCAUUGGCAGUUUUGGACGCCCUGAGGUCUGCAAGAGACAAUUUGCAAAAGGCCGAGCAGAAAAAUCAGGAACUGGCUUGCUUCAUAGAUGAUUUGCCACCAAGUGGAUCCAUUCAUCACCUUGAUCCAGAGCUGUUGAUGCUCAAGGCAACAUCUCAAGCAACAAUCCUGUGUCUGAGUCAAUGCCUGACCAUUUUGCAACAGCAGCAAAUUGCCCCCCAGGGUGUGCCACAGCCACGCACAAAGAAGACCCCAAUCCACUUUAUUCCGCCUCAACCGACUGACCUGAUGGACAAAAAGAGUACCUCUUCAGCUCAUUCCACCAGUAAUAGUGAACCAGAUAAUAUCUCGACUAACAAAAAUCCAGAGAAAAUUCAACGCGAUGAUGAGUUAACUGACGAGGAAGUAGAGGAAGACCAGAACGCAAUUCUCACUGAUGAGCACAGCACUCUUUUAAAACUCGCCUCACACACCAAACGCGGCACUGACCUCACUCGAGUCACUCUCCCGACAUUUUUGAUGGAGCCAAAAUCGCUUUUAGAACAGCUAUCAAAUUUUUUCAGCUGCACAAGUCUUUUCAUCAACAUUGGCAAUUCAAAAGAUGCCAAGGGUAGAAUGCUUGCUAUUGUGAAGUGGUACCUGACGUCUUUCAACGCGGGUCUUAAAAUGCGUCCUGGCAAAAAGCCUUUGACCCCUCUUGUGGGUGAAACCUUUGUCUGCUCGUGGAAAGUUCUUGAGGGCACCAAAACCCACACGAUUCAUUUUGUUGCUGAGCAAGUACAGAACCAGCCACCUGUUUCUGCAUUUCACGUCGAGUGUCCUUCAAAGCAAUUAAAGCUGGACGGUUUUGCCAGUUUCAAAUGCAUUUUCACAGGAAUGUCUGUUGACAUAACUGUGUCGGGAGGAAUUAGACUUAACUUAGACUCCUUCGGCGAGCAGUACGACUUGGGUUACCCGACAGUCCACGCCAGAUCAAUCAUAUCCAAGCCUUGCAUCCAACUGGGAGGAAAAGUCAACAUCCAAAGCUCUACCAACGAGUUUAGUGCUGUUCUGAACUACCCGAAAUCAUUCUUUGGAGAAAAACCAAAUCAAGUUAUAGCCGAGAUCAAGGACGCCACCCACAAUGUUAUCUAUAAAAUUGUGGGCGACUGGACCACCAGCCUCAAAGUUGUGAAUUUAAACGAGCAGAAUAACUCGGCGUCACCAUUGGAGGUACUUGGUCUGAAAACUUUGCCAAAGCGAGUGAGACCAAUCGACAAACAAGGUCAAUAUGAAUCAAGGAAAUUGUGGGGUCCUGUGAUCAAAUCUUUGCAAGAAGGUGAUAUUAAUAAAGCAACAAAUCAUCGACUUUUGCUUGUUGAGCAGCAAGGUUUCCAGUCGCAAAAUUAUUUGCCAAUGUACUUCAAGCAGACUGCAGGAGAUCAGCCAAUGUGGUGUUUUCAGAAUUGUGAUUAAUCGUCGUCAUUGUCCACGUCUCUGGAUUUUUAUGUUAUUAAUUCAAUCAACAUUUAUUAAGAUAUAUAUCUUGGGAAAGAAAUAUUUUUAAUGGCACGAGCUACCUGUAAUCUCACGAAGCAUUAAAAUUUUUGGGUUUUUUAUAUGUACAAAGAAAGUAAUGGUUAAGUCACAAUUUUUAUAUGCUACAGCACUUUCUUGUUUAUUUGAAUAUAGUUAAAAUAAAAUGCUUUACAUUGCUCCGA